UCCAAACAGGUCACGUGGUCUAAGCCGGCCGCCAUAUUGGAUUGACCGGGGAUGUUUUGGGUGUGAGGUGUUCCCCAAUUUCCGUCAAAAAUCGUCUGAAAUGUUACCUUUUCAGUGAUUUUUUGCUGACACCACGGAUUUUGAGGUUUCUGUGGAACGUUCGCCUGUGCUUCGGACGGUGAAUAUAACCCUACUAUACGGCCCCCCUGUUGCGGUGAAGAACCAGCUCUAGUGAGGAGAUCUACAUGCCUACGAGAACAGCCAUGAACGUGGAAGACUCCCCACAUGUCCGCGUCAAGGCGGCUUACAACGGUGACAUCAUGAUAACAUACUGGGACCAGCACAUGACAUUAGACCUGCUACAGGAGGAUAUGAAGGAGAUGUGUCACUUUAACGAAGACCAACCCUUCACCAUCAAGUGGGUGGAUGAAGAAGGUGACCCCUGUACCAUCUCAUCUCAGGAGGAGCUAGACGAGGCCAUCAGGCUGUACGAGAUCAACAAGGACUCCGAACUCUGCAUUCACGUGUUUCCAAACGUUCCAGAGAGACCAGGACUUCCCUGUGUAGGAGAGGACAAAUCGAUCUACCGGCGCGGGGCCAGAAGAUGGCGGAAGCUUUACCGUGUCAACGGGCACGUGUUCCAGGCCAAACGCUUUAGCAGGAGAGCGUUCUGUGCCUACUGUGCAGACAGAAUAUGGGGCCUGGGGAGACAGGGGUACAAGUGCAUCUCCUGCAAACUCCUGGUGCAUAAGAAGUGCCACAAACUGGUCAAACUAGCCUGCGGAGGGCCCAUGGUCUCUAACCGCACCCCUGACUCACUAGCGAUGGUCAAUACCCUGUCCCACCAGGAGGCAUCAGGACAUAACCACUCCACCUCACUGCCAUCCAUCGACAAGGAAAACGAUGAAAACAUCCCUCCUAAGAAAACUAAGAGCACAAGUCCUGCCUCCAGAAGAAGACACAGGGACCUCUCAAAUUUCAACGACUAUUCCGAGGCCGUCGGGAGAGAGGCAACGUCCGGAGGUUCUGACCAGCACAUCGGGCUGGAUGAGUUUGACCUCCUGCGUGUGAUUGGGCGAGGCAGCUACGCUAAGGUUCUCAUGGUCAAACUGAGGAAAACCCAGCGUAUCUACGCCAUGAAGGUCGUCAAGAAAGAACUGGUCAACGAUGACGAGGAUAUAGACUGGGUGCAGACAGAGAAGCAUGUGUUUGAGACGGCGUCCAACCAUCCCUUCCUGGUGGGACUUCACUCGUGCUUCCAGACAGAGAGCAGGCUGUUUUUUGUGAUAGAGUUUGUGAACGGAGGUGAUCUGAUGUUCCAUAUGCAGAGGCAGAGGAAACUACCAGAAGACCAUGCUAGGUUUUAUGCAGCUGAGAUCUCCUGUGCCUUAAACUUCCUCCACGAGCGAGGGAUCGUCUAUCGAGACCUGAAGCUGGACAACGUCCUGUUGGACUCCGACGGUCACGUCAAGCUCACCGACUACGGCAUGUGCAAGGAGGGUCUGCAUCCUGGUGACACCACCAGCACCUUCUGUGGAACUCCAAACUACAUCGCACCAGAGAUACUCAGGGGGGAGGACUAUGGCUCGAGUGUUGACUGGUGGGCUCUGGGUGUACUCCUGUUUGAGAUGCUUGCGGGGAGGUCUCCCUUCGACAUCGUAGGCAACACAGAGAACCCCGACCAGCACACGGAGGACUAUCUCUUCCAGGUUAUCCUGGAGAAGACUAUACGUAUCCCCAGAUCCCUCUCAGUCCGAGCAGCUUCUGCACUGAAAGGCUUCCUAAACAAGAACCCAGCGGAGAGGCUGGGCUGUGCUCCUGUGACAGGCUUCAGUGACAUCCAGCACCACACCUUCUUCAAACCCAUCGACUGGGACGCUCUUGAGGCCAGACAGGUGUCCCCGCCCUUCAAACCCAGCAUCGACUCCGAGGGAGGAGUGGAGAACUUCGACCAACAGUUCACCAGUGAACCUGUGCAGCUCACACCUGACGACCCGAGAAUGCUGGACAAGAUCGACCAAUCAGAGUUUGAGGGAUUCGAGUACGUCAAUCCGCUCCUGAUGUCCCUAGAAGACUGUGUGUAGUUUUGUUUCCAGCAAAGUUGUUUCCAACUUGGGACCCAACGCACAGUACUCAGCCUGUAUCAGUACUUAAAGAGCAGAGACAACUGGGCAUAGAAUGUGUAAUUUACUGACUGAAUUCAAAUAAUUACAUACAGGGAGAUAGAAUUAGCUAACAUUUUGUUUUUAGUGAAUUUUGGUGCCUUCUGAGUUACCAGUAUCAGUUAUAAUCUCCAAGCAGGUGUUGGAAGGUCAAAUUGUUCCUUUUUCUAGCUCUAUGUUUUUGUAAUGAAAAGGGGCUAGAUAAUGUCAAGAUUUUGCCUCGCAACAUCUGCUUGGAGAUUAGGUUGGUAGAAUUUAAGGAUGUUAUUCAAUCAGGUUUAUAUUCCGAGAAAAGAUUUCUUUGGCUGCAUAUUUCUUUCAAUUGAAUUAUGACUUUGUAAAAAAUUUAGCAUGCACAUUUUUGGUUUGAUGAGGUAAUACACAGAACACAGGGUUUGAGUCUGCAAUCGUAAGGCAAAAAAAGAGUUCUGAAAUCUUUUGGUGCUGUUGUAACUCUUUGGUGUUUUUUAGCUAUUUUUUUUUCAAUCUCGAGGUACGUUGAACUGUGAAACAAAAGGAAUGUAGUCAGAAAUAACCAAACCAGGAAGCAAACUUUCUCCAGUGUUGGGAAGGAAAGUCUUGUCGCGAACCAAAAAGCCAAAUUGAAAAUCUUUUCCAACAUUGACAUUCAAUGUUGUCAAACAUUUAUGAUGUAUGCAUGCAAUGGUAGUUUAGGCACUUAGGUAUUUCUUUUAGAGGGAAUUUUUUAAUGGCAUAUUUAUUAUUCAUAUCAAUGAGGUUUUGCUUUGUAACUGCAAAAUUAGGAUUUUGGAAUUUGUUGUAGAGGCAUAUCAUUAAAAGAUUUAGGGGGGCAGCAUAACAGUUAACACUAUACUAACAUUGUAGGGCACCUAUCAUGCUAAACCUUAGAGGGGGUUGAGGGUCUACAACAAAGACGGCCAAACUUUCAAAGUUGCGAAUUCAGUACAGAAUGUGUAUAAUUCUGCCAAAAUUAGGACAUAUGUAUCUAGUAUUCUUGUGUAUUUCGAUCAGGGGGGAGGGUACCUUUGCCUGGUGCAAAAUCAUGGAAGUUGCCCCCCAAAUGUCCUAUACCCCUUUUCUCAUAGGUGUUACAGUGAUAGAUGCAACGAUAUCUUGAAAUUGUACAUUUAUUAGAAAACAAUUGAGUAUUCUGAUAUGCAAGUUAAAGAUGCAACAGCAGGGGUUCAAAUGACAAUGCUAUUUCCUUCAAGACAAGUACAUGUUAGUUCUGUCGUCUUGAAGUAGUUAUCAAUCGGAUGAGAACUUAUUCCUGGGAUAGGGAAAGUUAACAAUCACUUUCACUUACAACCAAUGGAGAGGGAUGACAUGUUGUUGUAGCUUUAUCCUUGAUUCCAAAGCCACACAAAAACUAAACAGAUCAGGAAUGUUACGGCAGGAAAUGUUAUUAAAAGCAGCGUUUUGGAAGAUUGUAGAAUCAAAAGACCCAGGAACAAGCAAACUCGUGACUUUGGACAAGUGCAUUUGAGGUACAGUUUUAAUGUUUGUCUUCAGUACACAUGUGUAAGCUGGCAUGUUGGAAUAACAUACUGCACCUGCACAAAACCCAGAGUUUUCAGUUUUUGUUGGACGUUUCAUCAAUGUUGCAUUAGAAUUUUGCAUAUUUCAGGCGAUAUCUUUUCUGACACCAUAUUUGAAAACUAUGUGAUGUCAUCCUUAAAUUUGGGAAUACAACCUUAAACAAGACAUUCUGCAGAAGUGCUAUGCACAGUACAUGACGGGUUUUGCGUAGGCGCAGUAUGUUUUGCCAACAUCCUAUGUAAGCUCAUUUUGACCCCCUCAUGCAUACAUUGUAGUUAGAUACUACGAAUUAGUACUAAUAUCACUCUGUGUGGAACAUUCCAGUUUUAGCUUAAAGUUUUUCGUUAAAAGGAAAUUUCCAGACAAUCUAGGGUAACCUGUAUACAUGUUUUUGUUUUUCUCCCACCUUCUUUUUCUAUUCAUCAAGUAA